GAAAUGAGUCCUUGGAGGCCCGGAUGUUGUGGGAGCGAAAGAAGGAGCGGGGCGGGGAUGAUGGCGGCGCUGAGGCCCGAUGAGGAGCUGGGGCUGCGGGUGACUGAGAUAGAAGAAGAGGAGGGCAUGGGCCGUGGAGAGGAGCAGUCGCUGCAGCUGAACUUGGGGGACCUGGACCUCACCUCAGAUGAGUUCAUUCUGGAUGAAGUGGACAUUCACAUCCAAGCCAACCUGGAGGACUCUCUGGUUCAGGAGGCACUGAAGACAGGUGUCGAUCUGCGGCAGUACUCCAAGCAGGUGGAACUGGAGCUGCAGCACAUUGAGCACGCCUCCAUCAGGGACUACAUCAAGGAGAGCAAGAACAUCACCUCCCUGCACAACCAGAUCACCGCCUGUGACGCCAUCCUGGAGCGCAUGGAGCAGAUGCUGAGUUCCUUCCAGUGUGACCUGAGCAGCAUCAGCUGCGAGAUCCAGACGCUGCAGGAGCAGUCGGUGGCCAUGAACCUGCGGCUCAAGAACCGCCAGGCUGUGCGUAGCCAGCUCAGCCAGCUGGUGGACGAGCUCGUGGUGCCAGCUGCCAUGAUCAGCACCAUCCUGGAGGCCCCGGUGACUGAGCAGGACUUCUUGGAGCAGCUGCACGAGCUGAACAACAAGAUGAACUAUGUGAAGGAGCAGGCCUUCCGCGAGACCAUGGCCUGCACCGACGUGCACAACGUGCUGGACCGGCUGAAGGUCAAGGCUGUGACCAAGAUCCGGGAGUUCGUUCUACAGAAAAUCUACUCGUUCCGCAAACCGAUGACCAACUACCAGAUCCCCCAGAAUGCCCUGCUCAAGUACAGGUUCUUCUACCAGUUCCUGCUUGGGAACGAGCGGUCGGUGGCACAGGAGCUGCGGGAGCAGUAUGUGGAGACCAUGAGCAAGAUCUACCUGUCCUACUUCAAAUCCUACACCAGCCGCCUCAUGAAGAUCCAGUACGAGGAGGUGGCGGAAAAGGACGACCUGAUGGGAGUGGAGGACACGGCCAAGAAAGAUAUCCUGGCUUCCUGUGCCUGGACAGCUGCAUUCCUAGGCACUCUGCGGGGAGGGAAAGGGGUGCUGGGAGAGCCUCCCAGAGUCCUGGGUCAGCCCCCUGGUCUGACCGCUGGGCCCCACUCCUCACCUGGCGCUGGGAGAGCCCCCAGGAGUCCUGGCUCCCAGCCCCCUGCUCUGCCCGCUGGGCCCUACAGCCCGCCCAGAGCCAGGAGAGAACCCAGGCCUCCGGCUCUCCCCAGGUACUGGGACACGCUGCUGGAGAUCCUGUGGCCGCGGUUUGAGUACAUCCUAGAGCUGAACAUCCAGAGCAUCCAGAACACGGACCCCCAGAGACUGGGCUUCCUGGACACGCGCCCCCACUAUAUCACACGGCGCUAUGCAGAGUUCUCUUCUGCCAUCGUCAGCAUCAACCAGACCUUCCCCAACGAGCGAACCCACACGCUGCUGGGGCAGCUCCAGGUGGAAGUGGAGAACUUCGUGCUGCGGGUGGCGGCUGAGUUCUCAUCGCGCAAGGAGCAGCUCAUCUUCCUCAUCAACAACUAUGACAUGAUGCUGAGCGUCCUCAUGGAGCGGGCGGUGGAGGAGAGCAAGGAGGUGGAGGGCUUCCAGCAGCUGCUUUCAGCCCGCUCCCAGGAGUUCAUCGAGGAGAUCCUGUCGCCCCCGUUCGGGGGGAUGAUUGCCUUCGUCAAGGAGUCGGAGUCACUCAUUGAGAAGGGGCAGCUCGACCGGCUGCGUGGGGAGGAGGCCCGGGUGACCCAGCUGGUGCGCGGAUUCUCCACCACGUGGAAGGCCUCGGUGGAAUCGCUGAGCCAGGACGUGAUGAGAUCCUUCAGCAACUUCAAAAAUGGGACCAGCAUCAUUCAGGGGGUGCUGACCCAGCUGAUCCAGUACUAUCACCGCUUCCACAAGGUGCUGGCGCAGCCGCCCCUGCGCGCCCUGCCGGCCCGCGCCGAGCUCAUCAACAUCCACCACCUCAUGGUGGAGCUGAAGAAACACAAGCCCAACUUCUAGGAGAGGGGACCCCGUGGCCCCCAACCCUGCCCCAGGGCUCGGUGGGGUCAGUACAGCCCCCUCCCCUGUGUGGGCACGGGGGUCUGUGCCCCCUCUCACCAGUGGACUGUGGGGAGUAGAAAAUCCUUGUCCCCCUGCUGCUGUAACCCACUGCGACCAGACCAACCCCAGUGCUCCCCACCAGCUUGUGGGGCCCCUAUGGUUGGGGGGCAGCUCCAGGCUGCAGCAGGGACCCGUCCCCCUCAUGUCAGCACCCCUUUCUGCCCUGCGGUGGCUCCCCACAAGGGAGGAGGAAGGUGAGGGACCUGCAGGUGGGUGUCGUGGGGCUCUUCCCUCCCCUCCAGGUGGCUUGUGUGUGUAUCUGGCUUUGUACAGUGACAAUAAACUCCCUGCUACUCA